GCAGCCGCUGUUAUCUACCAAAAGUAUUAUAACAAGAGGCAGGACCGUACACAUACUCGUGCACGUAUAACUUCACUGGAUGCGGCGUCUAUGUGCUUAUGAACUGAGAUAAACUAUGGCUUCCAAAGCGGUUUACUUGCAUAGAGACCCUAUGCUGAAGAAAAGAGAUGACUUUGAGGACAUUUUGGAGGAGAGGAGGAACUCCAGCGACCUGAGAUACGCUCUCAGAUGUUACACUCCUAUUCUUUACAAAGGAGUGUCUCCCUGCAAAGCAGACACGCUGAAGAACAUGGUGCUUCAGUCUGAUCAGCUGCACUACGUCAUCAAUCAGGUUUCCAAAGAGAUGAGCAGGGCUGUCGAUGACAUCCAGGAGGAGGCAUCAGCCAUCCUGGAGGAGAUGGCUCAUUGCCUGCAGCUCAGCACUGUUCGCUUCUUCGCCUUUACACUCAGCAAAGUCUUUAAAACCUUGUUCAGGAGCAUCUGUGUCAAUGAAGAGGGCAUCCAGAGGCUCCAACAGGCCAUUCAGGAGCACCCGGUUGUCCUGCUGCCCAGUCACCGUAGUUACAUGGACUUCCUGCUGAUGUCAUACAUCCUGUACACCUACGACCUGGCUCUACCUGUCAUUGCUGCCGGCAUGGACUUCAUGGGGAUGAAGUUUGUGGGGGAGAUGCUGCGGAUGUCUGGUGCGUUCUUCAUUCGGCGGUCCUUCGGAGGAGACAAGCUGUACUGGGCCGUCUUCUCGGAAUAUGUCAAGACCAUGCUUAAAAAUGGAUUUGCACCUGUUGAAUUUUUCCUAGAAGGGACCAGAAGCCGAACAUGCAAAUCUUUGACUCCAAAGUUAGGUCUGUUGAAUAUAGUGAUGGAUCCAUACUUUAAAGGGGAAGUGUUCGACGUGAGCUUGGUCCCGGUCAGUAUCAGCUAUGAGAGGAUCUUGGAGGAGGCGCUCUACGCCAGAGAAAUGCUGGGUGUACCCAAACCCAAGGAGUCCACUUCAGGUCUGUUUAAAGCCAGGAAGGUCCUCAGUGAAGACUACGGCAGUAUCCAUGUCUACUUCGGUCAACCUGUGUCCGUCAGAAGUUUAGCAGAGGGCAGAAUUAACCGCUGCCAAUUCAACCUGAUACCAAGACACGUCCCCAACAGGCCUAGUGAGGAUAUCCAGAGCUUUGUGAAUGACUCGGCCUACAGGCUGGUCCGGGCCCAGGAGGAGAACAUGGUCCUGAAGCCGUGGGUGCUCCUGGCCUCUCUGCUACUCCAGAACCACCACCAGAACCAGGCGUCAGGGCAGAACCCGGGGAUGGCACUGGACGAGCUGACUGAACAAGCUGUGUGGCUGCGAGAUCUUUCUAGACAGUAUGGGGCCUUCCUGCACUGGCCUGACCACAUGCCUCCACCAGACGUCAUCUCCUCCAGUCUUUCCCUGCAUCGAGGUCUAGUGAAGAUGUCUGAGGGAAGAGUGCAGCUGGCAUUGGAACAAGCAGGGGGGCAGGCGGGGCCAGGGGAGCCUCGCAGCACUCUUGCCACCCCAGAAGAGGAGCUCUUGAGCCGGGCGGUCGUCGUACUCUCCUGUGCCUCCUACAGGAACCAGGCACUGCACGUCUUCCUCCGACCGGCACUGCUGGCUGCGGCCAUCCACACUGCUGCCUCCAACCAGAAACAGGAGGUGUUCAACAGCUUCAGCUUCCUCAGAAACAUGUUCUCUAAUGAGUUCAUCCUCUGUCCUGGAGCUACUGUGCAGGACUUUGAGGAGGCCUGUUUCCUCCUGGUGAAGACCGGAGCUCUGCAGGUCACCCAGCAGGAGGUUCUGGUGACGGAGAGAGGACACAGGACACUGGUGUUCCUCACCAGUAUGUUAGAUCCCUUCUUACAGGGAUACCAGGUGGUGUGUAGGUUCCUGUGUGAAGAGGCCCCCGAGGUGCUGACAGAAAAACAGUUUAUUCCUGCCGUCCGGAAGUUCAUCAUCAAACAUCUUCUUGCAGGUAGACUAAGGUACACGGAGGUGUUGUCGUCUGACCUCCAGAAGAACACUCUGGCGGCUUUGCUAAGACUUGGAGCUGUACGGAAAAUCAAGGGAGCGGCGCAGGGAACUUUAAAGGUCAACAAGGUGAUGGUGAACUCACUGGAAGACACUCUAGGAGGAAAACUCCCAACUCAGAAAGCCGUCGUCGCUCGCCUCUAAUCCACCGACGUCAUUAGCCAAAGGAGACUGAGGAGGGGUCGAAUAUUUUUUUUUUUUUUACCUCCACCGAUGUAAUGCGACGACGUCUCACCUCCUCUCCACAUGGUGCGAUGUGAGUCAUAAAGGACGUCUAACUGCUUUCUAUGAGAGGUGGAACAAAAGCCAUCUGGAGACCACUCAACCCGCUUUUUAUUUUCUUUUUCUUUCGUUUCUCAACUCAAGUCUCUUUUCAAAACUCCUUUUUCUUCCUAAGACUCUUCUAUUAAAAACCUUUUCUAUACAUACAUAAAACCAGAUGAUGAGUAAGGCCUUUGAGGGUAUAUUGCUUUUGGCUCAUUCUGAACAACUAACCUUUUGCAGUCUUGUGAAAGCUUCUGAAUGUGCCAGCUCCACUCAGGAUAGUGGCCAUUUUCCAUUAAUGCAUUCAAUAUGAAUCCUCUAACACUCAGCACAGCUUUUCUUUGUGUGAUUCUCAGUCUGCUCUUUCAUCUACAUUUCAGUUUGUCUGUGUUUUUUAUUAGCUGUCUCUCCUAUUCUUGUCUCUCUUUACUUUGAGCACUUUAAUGAAUUUAUUCAUGCAAUGUGGUGUGGACCUGUAUCUUAACUGUCUUUCUGCACACUGUUUUCUCUUUUUUUCCUAAUUUUUUCUCUUUGUUUUGACAAGUUGCUAAAAUGAAU